AUGAAAGGCAGUUUAUCUCGUUAAUCCAGUUUAACAAAUAUCAAUCAUAAUGUAAAUUCAGCUUUAGGAAUCUCUUCUUAAUAUGAUUUUGAAAAAGGUAUCCUUAUUAAUGUACCUGUUGAUUUACCUGAACUUAAGAAAUAUACUCAUAAAAAAUUACCAAGAUUAAUGAGAAAAGAAUAGUAAUUUUAGAAAUUCUUUGUACUCAAUCCUAAACAAUAAAUCAAAUCCAAUGAUAGAAGUAAAACUAAAAGAUUAAUUCCCUAUUAACUAAUUAAAGUAGAACAUCCUCCCAUUGGUUAUUAUAAACUUAAUGAAAGUUCUAUGAUUUAAAAGUCUGUCGUUGAUAUGAGUAAAUAACCUACUGCUCGAAUGUAAAUUAGAAAACACAAAAGUAAAAGUAUUGAUUAAGAACCUCAAAUACCUUAACCUUAAUUAUUAGAUGAGCCAAAUACAAUUAAGAUGCCUCGAAUUAAUGAAUUAUCUAAUCUUAAAUUGCAAUAAUGGAUACAAAAAGAAUUAGAAUAAUUAAAAGAUGCUAAAAAAUUAUAAGAGACCACUUAUAAAGGAUUCAUGAAAAAUGAAAAAGAAAAGAGCGAUAAUUUUCAAAGACUUUUUGAAUUAACAUCUCUUAAAUUAAAAAACUCAUAUGUAAAGUAUUUCUUUUGA